UCUUCAGUUGAUGGUGUACACAUUCAGUCGUCUGAUGAAGUGGCAAUACACAAGUGUCGGCCACUCACUUCACCUAACAGUGAUACAUAUAUAUAUUUAUUUUUUACUUCCUUCCACUACUAGAUCACCUAUAUAUAAUUUUGGGGGUGGAAACUUCUACCCUUAAUCUGUCCUAUUUUGUUGUUGUUAUUACCUUAGUUAUUUCUUUUCUCUGCCCUUCCAUUUACUUUCUCCUUCGAGUCCCUCCCCCCUCAUCUCUUCUCUGUUGUUGCACGAUAUAGUUUCAACUGGUUAUGUUACACUAUGCGGUCCGGUUGACUGUGACAGCCUGUUCUGCUCCAUACAUCUAUCUAGCCAUGAUAUAGAAAAGUCUUUGAGGAGAAUGCUGCAGAGAUAGGUAACAAGAGGAUGCGCCAUAAGCACGUGGUGGGCGUGGUCAUCACCGUGUUCCUCUCAUGGAACCUCCUGACUUACUACGUCCUUGUAUCUCGUCAACACGGAAAGAUGGAUUCACCAGAGACCAUACGAGACCGGUUGAAAAAGAUAGAGGAAGACAUCCACCAACAAAUGAACGAGAACGAAAAAUUACUAAGGCAACUCCAAAGAUACAGAAAAACAUCUGGUCGUAAAGGUCAGUUGUCCCAUGGCAAUGGUUCCAAAGUGAAUCUUAACAAUAUCUUUGAAAAACAUAUCCGAGACUUUCCGACCACUAGUCCUGAAGAAACGGUUCUGCCUGUUUUACUAAUAGCCUGUGACCGCACACAAGUCAGUCGUAGCCUCGAUCAGUUGAUCAAAUAUCGCAAGGAUCCUCACAAGUUCCCUAUAGUGGUCAGCCAGGACUGCGGACAUGUGAAGACGUCGAUGACCAUUGAUCGAUACAAGGACAAAGUUACACACAUCAAGCAUCCUGAUUUGAGUGACAUCAACCUGCCAUGGCCACAGACCAAAUUCCAAGGUUACUACAAAAUAGCCCGACACUACAGGUGGGCCAUCAAUCAAGUAUUAGUGAAACUUAAUUUCUCAGCUGUGAUAAUUGUUGAAGAUGACCUUGACAUAUCUCCUGAUUUUUUUGAAUAUUUUGCUGCCACUUACCCAAUUCUUCGAGCUGAUCCCCUGCUGUGGUGUGUCUCUGCAUGGAACGACAACGGCAAGGACGGAAUGGUGUCUAAUGAUGCAAACCUCCUCUACCGUACAGAUUUCUUCCCUGGUCUUGGAUGGAUGAUGGAACGGAGAACAUGGUUGGAGUUGGAACCCAAGUGGCCAAAAACAUUUUGGGAUGACUGGAUGCGCCAUCCGGAACAGAGGAAAAACAGGGCCUGUAUCAGACCCGAAAUAUGUCGAACGAGUACUUUUGGCAAACAAGGAGUUAGCAAAGGCCAGUUCUUUGACAAACAUCUCAAAUUUAUCAAACUAAAUCAACAAUUUGUGCCUUUCACCAAGAAGGAUAUAUCCUACCUCAUGCAGGAUAAGUAUGAUGUAGAUUUUAUAAAACGAGUGUACAGUUGUAUGACUGUGACAGCAACAGACGUUGUAAACGGCAUCGGCAAAGACAAGAAAUGUCUCCGAGUACAGUAUAACACCAAAGAAGAAUUCAAGACGUUUGCAAAGCAGCUAGGCAUCAUGGACGAUCUUAAGGCUGGAGUCCCUCGUGCCGGCUAUAGAGGUGUAGUCAGCAUCAUUCACAAGUCAAGACGAGUCUACCUGACACCACCCGCGACAUGGUCCGGUUAUAACCCAAAUUGGAACUAGACAUCACCUCCAAUGCCACCGACAGCAACACUACCUUCGCCAACAUCAAUGCCAUCUCCCCUCUCUUGAACCAUCUCCCACCCUCAAUUUUUUUUUUUUUUUUUUUGUGUGUAUGUUUUGUUUUUGCUGCUUUCAAGUAUUGAAAUCAUCCUUAUCAUCAUCACUAUCAUCAUCAUCAUCAUCAUCUUGAUCAGUAUCAUCAUUAGCAGCAGCAGAAACCACAUUAACUUUAGCAAUAUCAGUGUUGGAAACGGAACUCUCUCUCCCUUUCUAUCUCUCCCUCACACUCAUUCCUCUCACUUUCUCUCUCUCUAUCUAUCUCUCUCUCUCUGUCCUUUCUCUUUGUCUC